UGUAACUUAACCGUUUUGCUUAGUUUUCGUCGUUUAUUGACUGUUGGCUAUUGGUAUCCAUGUUCAUUUAAAUUAUACGCUGCAAUGCUGCGCAUUCGCCGAAGAUUUGCGCUGGUUAUUUCAUGCGGCUGUCUAUUCGUUUUUCUGAGUCUUUAUGUUUUGCUGAACUACGCUGCGCCGGCUGCAAACGCAAAAAAGCCAAAUUUUGUUGCAAUCGAAAGCAAAUUGCAGAAGCUGGAGAAUGGAUUGAACGAACAUGGCGAGGAAAUGCGAAAUCUACGGGCACGUCUGACCAAUAACCAUAAUCUUCCAAGAAAUGAACCGAUGCAGCCACAGCCACAGGCUGAAGCCAUGGCUGUUGAGGCUAUAGGCGGGGAUUGCGCCGAUGUAAUGCAGCAGGUGCCCGACGUGGAUGUACAGAUGCUAGAGCUGUAUGAACAAAUGGACUUUGCUGACAUUGAUGGAGGGGCUUGGAAGCAGGGCUGGAAUAUCAAAUAUGACCCUUUACGAUACAACAGCCAUCACAAAUUAAAGGUGUUCGUCGUUCCGCACUCGCACAAUGACCCUGGUUGGCUGGAAACGUUUGAGGAAUACUAUCAGCGUGAAACGAAACAUAUUCUUUCAAAUGCGUUGAGGCAUUUGGAUGAGAAUCCUGACAUGAAAUUUAUUUGGGCUGAGAUUUCAUACUUUGCGCGAUUCUUCGAUGAAUUGGGCGAAAACAAAAAACAAUUGAUGAAAAAAAUCAUUCAGAACCGUCAACUGGAAUUCGUCACGGGCGGCUGGGUAAUGCCUGACGAAGCGAAUUCACACUGGCGUAAUGUGUUGCUGCAGCUAACCGAAGGGCAGACGUGGCUUAAAACUCACGUUAACGUAACUCCCACAUCUUCCUGGUCCAUUGAUCCGUUUGGGCACAGCCCCACUUUGCCGUAUAUAUUGCAGAAGAGUGGAUUCCAAAAUCUGCUGAUACAGCGCACGCAUUAUUCGGUGAAGAAGGAGCUAGCCAUGCAUCGCAAUCUCGAGUUCUUUUGGCGUCAAUUGUGGGAUCUUGAAGGCGACACGGGUCUCUUUACACACAUGAUGCCCUUCUACUCGUACGACAUACCACAUACUUGUGGACCGGAUCCAAAAAUAUGCUGCCAAUUCGAUUUUAAAAGGCUGGCUCAAUUUGGACUGAGCUGUCCAUGGCAUGUGCCACCAAAACAAAUUGAUGAGAACAAUGUUGCCGCACGGUCUGCGAUGAUCGUUGAUCAAUGGAAGAAAAAGGCCGAACUUUACCGCACAAAUGCACUACUCGUGCCUUUAGGCGAUGAUUUUCGUUACAAACAGUCCACCGAGUGGGAUGUGCAGCGCAUCAAUUACGAAAAACUCUUUGAGCACAUCAACAGCGAGUCGCACUUUAAUGUGGAAGCCAAGUUUGGUACGCUGCAGGAGUAUUUUGAUGAAGUGCAUCGGGAGCCGACUCAAAAGUUUCCCUCGCUUAGUGGCGACUUCUUUACGUAUGCCGAUCGCGUCGAUCAUUAUUGGAGUGGCUAUUACACGUCGCGUCCGUAUCACAAGCGCAUGGACCGUGUACUGAUGCACUACGUGCGGGCAGCCGAGAUGCUAUAUGCCUGGAACGAAUGGGAAGAUGCAGCUGGCCUCGCCCGCAAGUUGGAACAGGCACGUCGUGAUCUUUCGCUUUUUCAGCAUCAUGACGGCAUUACCGGCACUGAAAAAACCCAUGUAGUGCUGGACUACGAGAAGAGACUGUUUGAGGCGAUCAGAGCUUGUCAAUUUGUCAUGCAGCAGGCAGUUUACCGACUGCUAACUAAACCAUCCAUAUAUAGCCCGGACUUUAAAUUUCAUUAUUUCACACUCGAUGAUUCACGUUGGCCGGGGUCUGGUGUAAACGAUAGUCGUACCACAAUCAUACUGGGCGAGGAGCUGCCAACCAAGCACGUAGUCAUACACAAUACGUUACCACGGUGGCGCAAGCAGUUGGUUGAUUUCUACGUUUCUACACCUUUUGUGAGUGUCAGCGACUUGGCAGGCAAUUCUGUGCAGGCGCAAGUUUCACCUGUAUGGAGCUGGUAUCGAGAUAGGAUUACCCAAACCAUACAUCCUCAGGGUUCGACCACAAAGUACCGCGUUAUUUUUAAAGCGCGGGUGCCACCAAUGGGACUUUCUACAUAUGUUUUGACACUCACUGCUUCAAAAUCUCCAGACACUUCCUAUGCCUCAAAUCUCUUGCUAAGAAGCAAGCCCAUUUCCGUUAACCUGGGUGAUUAUCCAGAGGCCGUAAAAUUCGGAGAUCAUAGAGAACUUUCACUACGAGUUGGCAACGGUCCCAAAGUUGCCUUCAGCGAUCGCGGCCUACUUAAGUCAAUACAAAUCUCUCCAGAUACUGAACACGUGCCUGUACAUUUAAAAUUUGUGAAAUAUGGCACCAGAAGUCAUGGUGAUCGAUCUGGAGCCUAUCUAUUUCUGCCUGACGGACCCGCCUCCACUAUUUCGACAAUGUCGCCGGUGGUGUUGGUCACCGAGGGUCAGUUGGAGUCCUCCGUCAGCGUAGGACUGCCUUUUGUAGUGCAUCAGACAAUACUCGGCGGUGAUGCUCCCGAAAUACGUAAUCUCGUGGACAUUGGGGACGCUGACAAUACUGAGAUUGUCAUGCGUUUGCAGACCCGCAUCAAUAGCGGUGAUGUCUUCUACACUGAUCUAAAUGGUUUGCAGCACAUUAAGCGCAGACGUUUCAGCAAGCUGCCGCUUCAGGCGAACUACUACCCCGUACCAUCAGCCAUUUUUAUAGAAGAUGCUAACACACGUUUAACAUUCCUCACGGCCCAGCCAUUGGGCGGCUCUUCAUUAGCCGUAGGCGAGAUUGAAAUUAUGCAGGAUCGUCGCUUGGCCAGCGAUGACGAUCGCGGUUUAGGCCAGGGAGUGCUGGACAACAAACCAGUGAUGCAUAUAUUCCGUUUGGUCGUUGAGGAAAUCAGUAGAUGUGCUCGACCCUCAGAGGCACAUGCUGCUGGAUAUCUUACUAGUGCAUCAUUGAAGGCAUCGCAAGCUUUGCUGGAUCCUCUGGAUAAAUUCAUAUUCGCCGAGAAUGGCUGGACGGGCGCUUUGCCGCAAUUCGGUAGCAGUCAUCCGUCCGCUAAUGAGGAUCUGGAUGUUGUUGUAAUGAGACGCCUGAGCAAAGCCACAGCAAAAUCACAGCGCAUAGGCUUUGUCCUACAUCGUACACAGGUGCAGCAAUGUGGAGUCGAGCCCAAAGCAAAGAAGUUUGAUGUUUGCAGUUUGCUGGAAACCGGGGAUCAGCGCAUUAUAAGCUGUGACCGUAGCACUCUUACUUUUUUGCAGAAACUGCAGCAGUAUGAGCCGAAGAAAGCGCCUGCAUUGUGUCCUAUGGAAACUGCAGCUUAUGUAGUUACGUACCCAAGCAAUGAGAGUUGACUUGCUUCCUUCAAAAAGGACCAACAGCAAUGGCCACAACACUAACUAAUGAAUCUCUGCUGGGUGCCCCAGGCACGCUAAUUCUUUGAAUUUUAUUUAGACGCAUAUUUAUUAAGCCAUUCUACAAAAGCACUGACACAACAUAAAACUUUACGUAAACGAACAAUUACGUAUUUAAAAUAUAUUAUAUGAAGUAGAAAUCUCAACUCACUAAAAGGCACAGGCAUCAGAUUUGUGUUCGAUUCAGGUCUAUUCACUUAUUUUAAUUGUACACUUGUAUACUUUAAAUUUGGUUUUCUGUGUGAUAUUUUUAAAACGUGUUGCGUUUUAAAACAAACAAUAUCUAACUUAACACUACAGCAUAAUUAACAACAAUAAUUACUGUUACAUAAAGGAAGUGUAGUCAGGGAAGACGUAAUCGCAAUAUAUUUAUAAUACAUUUAAUACUGUAUCACUGUACACGACGUCACCAAAUUGGUUUUUAACUCGAAUUAAAUGAAUCUCAA